AUGGCUACCACUUCAGUCCUUCACGGGAGCCCCGGAGUUGACAGCGAUGAUGAUGAGGAUGAAUUUGAUUAUAACAGCACUGAAAGAAAGGAUCCAGAGCAGAUUGCUGCAGCAUCUCUCUCAGCUCACCAUAAUAUUGGCCGAAGUGCUUCUGGAAUUGCUAUUCCAUCGGAGUUGGAUUUUUCAGUGAUUGCUUUGGAAAUUCCUCUCCUCACAUAUGGUCAAGAGGUAGUUGGAGGCUCAAUCUUAGCUUUGGUUUCUAAUAUUAUCGAUAAUUUCCAACAUAUUCUAAUUUCCACUGUUGGGUGA